UCUUGAUCAAAGAGAGAGGCUCACUCACUCACUCACUCUGUAUAUCUCUGCCUCAUCCCCUGAAACGACUGCCACCAGGUCGACCUUGGUCGGGUGGACUAUAAAAUAGAGGAGAAGCCAGUCUUUUGAUUUUCUCUCAUUUCAUUUUGAAAGAAACUGGAGGCUGAUAGCGAUAGGAUUCACCAAAAAAGCUCUCAUCUUUCACUCACCCUGCUCAAUAAUCAUGAAAAUACUUUCAUGGGGUUGAGUUUUCUUGGCAAUGCAGUGAAGUAAUAAUAUGGGGAAGAGUGUGCUAGGAAGGAAAGAGAUAUUGGAAUUGAGAAAUGGGUAGCUUAGGUUUUGAGGUUUUAAUUUCCAAGAAUUGUCAUUGUGGGUUGUCUUGCUUGACUAUAACGAACAGCUUUGUUGAUAGGGAAAGGGAAAUAUUAACAAAAGUUUGGAUUUUGGUGAAGUGUGGAUAAAGAAGCAUGAAGCUUUCAACAUCAGAGUUGGGUCAGCAGGCUCAAGAAGAAUUCCUUUGAUAUAUCUCGUUCAGCUUGUCCUUGUCGUUGAAACUUUUGUCGCCUCAAGGGAGAAGAAGUUCUUGGAUUCUGAGCUAUGGCAUGCCUGUGCUGGCCCUUUAGUGUCGUUGCCAACAGUUGGGGCUCGUGUGGUUUACUUUCCUCAGGGUCACAGUGAGCAGGUUUCUGCAACAACUAGUAAAGAAGUUGAUGCCCACAUACCAAAUUACCCCAGCUUGUCGCCCCAAUUAAUCUGUCAACUCCACAAUGUUACUAUGCAUGCAGAUGUUGAAACUGAUGAAGUAUAUGCUAAGAUGACAUUGCAGCCUCUGACUCCGCAAGAACAAAAAGACACAUGUCUUCCAGUGGAGCUGGGAAUUCCUAGCAGGCAACCGACCAAUUACUUUUGCAAGACUCUCACUGCAAGUGAUACUAGUACGCAUGGAGGCUUCUCUGUUCCUCGUCGUGCUGCAGAGAAAGUUUUUCCACCCUUGGAUUUCUCACAAACACCGCCUGCUCAAGAACUUAUGGCAAGAGAUCUCCAUGAUGUCGAAUGGAAGUUCAGGCAUAUUUUUCGGGGCCAGCCCAAGCGUCAUUUGCUCACCACCGGCUGGAGUGUCUUUGUCAGUGCCAAACGUCUUGUUGCUGGCGAUUCCAUUCUAUUUAUUUGGAAUGAGAAAAAUCAGCUCCUAUUGGGUAUUCGUCGUGCCACUCGACCUCAAACUGUGAUGCCGUCUUCUGUUCUUUCAAGUGACAGCAUGCACAUCGGACUACUUGCUGCAGCAGCUCAUGCUGCUGCGACUAAUAGCUGCUUCACUGUUUUCUAUAACCCCAGGGCUAGUCCGUCUGAGUUUGUCAUACCUCUUUCGAAGUAUGCCAAAGCUGUGUAUCAUACACGCAUUUCAGUUGGAAUGCGUUUCCGCAUGCUGUUUGAAACUGAAGAAUCUAGUGUUCGCAGAUACAUGGGUACGAUUACUGGCAUCGUUGACUUGGAUCCUGUUCGUUGGGCAAAUUCUCAUUGGCGCUCUGUUAAGGUUGGUUGGGAUGAAUCAACAGCAGGUGAGAGGCAACCAAGGGUAUCAUUAUGGGAAAUCGAGCCUUUGACAACGUUUCCUAUGUAUCCUUCACUGUUUCCUCUCAGACUAAAACGGCCCUGGUAUCCUGGCGUUUCAUCAUAUCAAGAUGCUGGCUCUGAAGCAAUCAAUGGCAUGCCGUGGUUAAGAGGCGAAGCUGGUGAGGUAGGUUUCAAUUCCAUAAACUUUCAGUCUGUCGGAAUGUUACCUUGGAUGCAGCAGAGGUACGAUCCGACAGCCUCAAGACACGAUCUCAACCAGCAAUAUCAGGCCAUAAUGGCUGCCGGGCAGUUUCAGCAGCAGCCUGUCGCCUAUCUUCAGCACUCAGGAAGCCACAAUCCUCAAACACAGCAGCAUCAUAUAAUCCAACCAUCAUCAGUUCCUCUUCAAACCCAAAUGCUGUCGGAUAAUAUGCAGAAGCUGACGCCACAGCAAGCCGACAACCAAUCUAAAGAGCAUCAUCAAACUUAUCCGGAAGCGUAUUUAGUGAGGCACCCGUUAGAUAUCCCUUCCCCUUCAUUUACAAAACCAGAAUUCUCAAACUCAGCAGCACCUAUGGCUCCUCCUUGUGUGCAAAAUAUGUUGGGUUCACUUUGUCCCGAAGGAAGCAGUGGCAAUCUUCUAAAUCUAUCGGGAGCUGGCCAGGCCACGCUCGAUGAGCAUUCGCCCCAGCAUUCCUGGGUGGCAAAAUAUACUGGAAAAGAUGCUUCCUUGGAACAAGAAAACUGCAGCUUGGAUGUGCAGAAUCACUCUCUCUUCGGAGCCAGUAUCGACUCUGGUCUCCUGCUGCCCACUACUGUCUCCAGAGUUGUUACUUCCUCGGUUCCAGCAGAUAUAUUCCCUAUGGGGUUAGGGUCGUCUGGAUUCCAGAGCUCUGUAUACGACUACGUGCAAGAUUCUUCCGACUUGUUGCACAACACAGGACAAGUGGACCAAGCAGCGCCCGGAGGAACCUAUGUGAAGGUGUAUAAAACAGGAUCUGUUGGUAGGUCAGUGGACAUCGGCCGGUUCAGCAGCUACGAGGAGCUAAGGCAGGAACUUGGUCAGAUGUUCGGGGUUGAAGGGCUGGUUGAAGACCCUCAGAGAUCAGGCUGGCAGCUUGUAUUCGUUGACAGGGAGAACGACAUUCUUCUCCUUGGAGACGACCCGUGGGAGGCGUUUGUGAACAAUGUGUGGUAUAUAAAGAUCCUUUCACCUCAAGAUGUAGUCAAGCUUGGGAAGCAAGAAGGCGAGUCCUUGAAUGCUAGUUCAGUUGAGAGGGAUGCUCACAGUCUUCAUUACUGAUUGAUGCUCUCUGUUUCUCUCCCUCUCUUCCUCCUUCAAUGCACCAACCUCUGUAGUAUCGACAAUAUCUACGUAUUUUGCUAGAUUUGAUACAUUGCUGCUGUAUGCAAUCUUUUGACUGAUAUGAUGAUGGAAGGAAACUAAUCUCAUGAAUUAAUGGUUGGAAUGUGAUAUUAAUCCA